AUGACUGCCAGCAUCGAGGAGAUAUACGCCCAGGAAAGGCAGAAGCGCAUUCGUCCUGAAGGGACUGCCCAAUAUGUCGACUUUAAUUCCUCUUCCAACUUGAAAGACCUUGCCAAAGAUCCAUGGACGGAUCCUCCACUACGGGACGGCGAUAGAACCAAAUUCUUGAUUACUGGAGCAGGCCAUAAUGGUAUCCUCUUUGCCGCCCGCUUGAUUGAAGCCGGCUUCAGCCAUAAAGAUAUCGUCCUCGUUGAUGUUGCUGGCGGCUACGGGGGCACAUGGUACUGGAACCGCUACCCUGGACUCAUGUGCGAUGUUGAAGGGUAUUGUUACCUGCCGUUGCUGGAGGAGACAGGCUACGUACCCAAGCACAAGUACUCGUACGGUGCUGAGAUACGAAAAAACGCGGAACUGGUUGCGAGUCACUAUGGAUUUCAGGCCAUGUUCUGCACCAAAGUUGACCGUCAAGUUUGGGAUGAUGCAAAGGGCCACUGGGUUGUCGACUUGACUCAAUCAUUAGGCCACGUCCGUCCACCUACCAAACUCACUGUGAAAGCCCAGUUUCUCUUCAUGGCAGGAGGUUCACUUUCUAUCCCUAAGAUGCCCAAUGUACCAGGUUUUGAAAAGUUCCAUAAACACUGUCAGGUAUUUCACACUUCUCGGUGGGACUACUCGAUUACUGGCGGCAGUCAAGAGAAACCCGACAUGACCAAGCUCCAAGACAAGACUGUCGCUGUCAUCGGCACAGGAGCAACGUCAGUCCAGGCUAUACCUGAGCUAGCGAAAUGGGCGAAGCACCUUUAUGUCAUCCAGCGAACACCCUCGUACUGUGGAGAACGUCGGCAAAAGACCACAACCACUGAAGAGUGGGCCAAGGUGGCAGAUGGACCUGGCUGGCAAACCCGGAGAUGCGCAAACCUUGACAGCCAAUGGUCUGCCAACCCGGACCCCGUUGACCUUGUUGACGAUGGAUGGAGUCACAACCCAGCGCGCGCCGGCUUACUGGGAGGAAAUGGCUGGGCUGUUCAACCUGACACAGUCAAUGAACACAUCGAAAAACUACUUGCAAUUGACCGCCCUAUUGCAGAAGACCUCCGCAGUCGUGUUGACAAGGUUGUCGAAGACGAUAAAGUGGCCGAGAAACUAAAGCCCUGGUAUCCUGGGUGGUGCAAGAGACCCACUUUCAACGACGGGUAUCUUCAGUCUUUCAACCGCAGUAACGUUACCCUGCUAGACACAGACGCUAAAGGAAUCGACUCUUUUACCGAGCGUGGCGUUGUGGUUGGCGGGCAGGAAAUUAAUGUCGAUGUACUGGUACUAGGCACAGGCUUCAUAUUCAGUUUCGACCGUACACCAAGUGAUCGCCACGACGCUUCUUUCAUAGGGCGGGGCGGUCGGACUAUCCUAGUCUAUGCGAUUUUUCUAUGUCUCUACUCUAUCUUACGACUUACUCGAAUUGUUUGCAUCUGGUUGGCGUAUCGCGUGUUAGAUUUUUCUCUCGAAAAGAGUUUCAGGAUAUCUGGCGGCUCCCAGAGGGUUGGUCUUCCUGGGCCUUAG